AUGGCCGUCUCGGCCUACACCACGCUCGAGUCGCUGCUCGUGUUCCAGUGCCUCAAGAACUAUGGCGUGACCCCGGCCGCCUUCAGCCGCACGUCGGAGCUGCUGCAGGCCAACCCGGACGUCACCGCCCACAAGUUCUUCCAGCGCGGCCGCCUGAGCCCCGACGCCCUGCGCAGCUUCUACCUGGAGCGCCUGCGCCGCGAGAUCGAGCUCGAGCUGGAGCCGCCGCCCGACAGUCCGCAUGGCGACAACCCGCGCAAGCGCAAGGCCGCCGCGCCCGUGCUGCCCAGCGUGCAGGAGUCGCUGCAGUACAAGCACCUGAUGCCGCGCCUGGUCGAGAAGCUGUACGCCACCUACCGCCGCGAGCUCGUCGACCAGAUCCGCGCCGAGGAGGCCCGCUUCGAGCGUCUGCAGCGCGAGGUCGGGGACAUUGAGCGCGGCGACUGGGACGAGCAGCUGCGCGACCGCGCCCGCGCACAGCCGUCGGAGCGCAGCCCCAGCGUGCCCAAGAAGUCGCCCCGCGUCGCCCAGAGCCCGUUGCCCGCGUCCGCGCCCGCGAAGGGUCCUGACGGCCAGGACGCCCCGUCGCCAGCCGUGCCCAAGACGUCGCCCCGGAAGAAGAAGGACCGCCCGACGCCGCGUGCAGCCCAGCCCAUUGCUGCGUCGCCCGGUCCGCCGAGCCAGGCCCCGCCGCCCUUCCAGCCGCCCCCGCCAAACGCCGCGUACAACGGCCCGCCGUACCCUGCGCUCUCGCCCUUCCCGCCCGGCCAGCAGCCGCUGCAGCCCAGCCCGCAGCAGACCCAUGCGCGUCCACACCCCCAGUCGCCCGUAGGCCCGCAGUACCAGCCCCAGAUACAGCCCUAUGGAGCCAACGGCGUGCCCCCGUAUGGCCCGCCAGGUCCCCCGCCGUUCUCUCCCAGCCAGCGCUUUGCCCAGCCAGUGCCAGGGCCGCAUUCGCCGAGCGUGCACCCGCCGCAGCAGAAGGGCUUCUUCCCACAUCCUGCCCCUCCACAGCACGCAAGCCAGCCACCCCCGCCCCAGGCCGGCUUCAUGCUGCCACCGUUCCAGGUCUCGCCUCAGGAUCCCUCCCGCGUCCACCACCCUCCCCCGUCGACGCCGCAGUAUCCACAGGUCUCCACGCCCAUCAACAAGCGGUCGGCCUCUCAGCAUCAGCACACCCCUGGCGCCAAACCUGGUGCGCCCACGCAUCCGCUCGUCACUCAAGCUCGACAGCCGCUCUCAACUCCUCUCAGCAACCGAUCGCCGCAGAGCGCCUUGAGCACGCCGCAGUCAGCGAAGAGUCUUUGGAAGCCACGCCUUCUCGCCACUCCUGCGGUCGCAGCCGGAACACCACGUCCUGUGCCGGAGCCUCUUGACGACGUUCCGCCGAUGCCCGCCUCGAAACCAAGCCCGACCAAGACCAAAGUGCAACGGAAACCGCGAGGAAGAGGCAAGGCGAAGGAGAAGGAGACAGAAAAGACAGAGGAGAAGACCGCGCUGGACGUGGACGUGCAACCAGAAACACCACUACCGACUGGUUCAUUGGAAGUACCGGCGCCUGACUCUGCAACGCGGCAAGGCCGGUCACGACGCACAGCAACUGCAAAGCGCGGGAGACCCGGCAGCGUCGCUUCUUCGCGAGCAGGCGGCUCGGUUCGAGGUCGCAGCAGGAGUCGAUCCGUCCUAUCUCACACAGAGACAAUAGCCGACACCGACUCCCAAGCCGGCCACAAAAUCAAGACCGAGCGCCGAGGCUCCCUGACCGACGGCAUGGACGAGGAGCCCAUCAACACGCCCUCGCAAAUGACCACACGGCGCCGCGGCGCCGCCCCUGCAACCACCCACUCCGCACGUCGCAAACGCACCGCCCGCGAAGCCUCCCUCGCCGAGUCCGACGACCCCGGCACCCCCAGCCCGAACCGUACCGUCGUCGCCUACCGCAACUUCCACCGCAUCUGCCAGACCAUCCUCGACGAGAUCACCUCGCACAAACACGCCUCCAUCUUCGCCCACGCCGUCAAGCUCAAAGACGCAGAGGGCUACUACGACCUGAUCAAGCGCCCCACCGACCUCUCCACAAUCAAAAAAGCCCUCUCCACAGGCGCCAAACACGUCACCGCCAGCGCCUCCGACACCCCGCUCGGCAGCCCCGGCGGGCCCGGCGCCACCGUCGAGCUCCCCCUCGCCCCGGACCUCGUCCCGCCCCGCGCCAUUGUCAACCCCGCUCAGCUCGAGAAAGAACUCAUGCGCAUGUUUGUGAACGCGAUGAUGUUCAACCCGGGCGAUGCAGGUGUCGUCGAGGACGCGAGCGAGAUGUUCGAGUCCGUGCAGCGCAGCGUGAGUACCUGGCGCAACGUGCAUGGGCGCGGGGGCGGGCGCGAUGGCGGGGAGGGGACGCCGGUGGACGGCGAGGAGGAGGUGGGGAGUAAGCGGCGGAAGGUGUAG